AUGAAGUACCUUCUGUCUGUGUGCAAUCACCCCUGCCUCGUCCUGCGCGCAAACCAUCCGCUGCUAGCGUGGGCUGAAGAGCGACUGCAGAGUGAAUGGGCCGUGGAUUCUCUGGAGGCUGUGGCCCUAAGUGGAAACCAACUCCUCUUGGACUGUGGUUUUGGUGGCCUGCAACGUCUAUCUACCUUCGAUUCCUCGAAUGCCUCUGCACCUCUUAACCUUCAAGAGGACUUGAUGAGUCAGCAUCGAGCUCUGAUUUUCUUCCAAACUAAAAGCAUGCUAAAGCUUGUGGCCACAAUGUUAAGUUCAGAAUUUCCGACUGUCACCUAUGUUAAACUGGAUGGGACGGUGCCCAUCUCCGAACGCCAUGGCACUGUCACUCGGUAUGUUUCUAGACGCUUUUCUUUACUGUGUACUCCAAAAGCGCGUUAUUUGGCUUACGUGCCGAUAAUAAGUGCCCAACGUGGGGGGGGGAGCUGGGCGUGA